CCCCCAUGCAUCUCAUCUCAUCAAAACAAAACCAACCGACUAAAUGUUCGUUUUAUUUUGGCUGUUACUAUUUCUUACGGACUUGUCGGUUUCACAGCUAGAACUUUCUACUGCAUCCGAUAUAUAUAGUAUUCAUCACUCGUUUAAUUUUUAGCCUUGGUCUUCGCAAUAAAUAAUAGUAACUUCUAAUAGAUGAGGCCAACCAAAGUAGUAACGUAGUAGUAGCAACCAGCAACAAUAUUCAAUCUCAUACACAGAAAAAUGGGUGCUUUGGAUCACAUCUCUGAGCUCUUUGACUGCUCCCACGCCAGCUCCAAGCUCAAGAAGAAACGCAAACAAUUCCAGACGGUGGAGGUGGAAGUGAAGAUGGACUGCGAAGGGUGUGAAAGAAAGGUGAAGAAAUCGGUGGAAGGGGUGACAGAAGUGGAGGUGGAUCGACAGGGUAGCAAGGUGAGUGUUUCGGGGUACGUGGAACCCUCAAAGGUGGUUUCACGCAUCGCUCACCGCACCGGCCUUACGUGAAAUCGUUAUGUGAAUCUGAUGUGAACACCACACCACACCACACCUCAUCCUGUCUUAUUGGUUAGUUUCUCUUUCCUUUUGUUUUUCUUUUUCUUGUAUCAUAUCGUAGUAGCAAAAAAAAAAAAACAACAUAAAAGUAAAAUAGGUCACCUGUUCAUGAGGGGAACGCUUUUGGCAAUGGACAUGUAUCCUUAAUAGUGAUGUUUUAUUUAUUUAUAAUGUCAUGUUGGGAAAUUUGAUAUCUUUGUAUUGUAAUUAAUGAUUAUUUUAUGAAUCCAUAUAUUACAAAUUAA